AUGGAGUCGUCUGCGGGCAUGAAGUGUGGACCAGAUAUGUGGAGGUUGCAUGGUGAUGAUAGCAAUGCAAUCAUCUUGCUGGAAAAGAGAAAGAAUAAAAAGAAAGAAAAGAAUCAGGUGGCUAAAAAGUUUAAGACGAAUAAAAAACCUGAACUGAGCAAUUCCCAGAAAAGAAAGCUGAAGAAGCUUGAGGAGGAGAAGCAGAAAGCACUUCUGUUAUCAAAAAGCAUCGAGACUUUGGAGAUGUAUAAGAUUCCAGAGGGUGCAUAUUCACUUAUGAGGUCUUCACGAAAUUUGGGUCAAGUUGAAACUGUCCGUGAAAAGCGUAGGAGGGCAGUGCAUUUUUCUAAGGUGGGUUUAGAAGUGCCACAUAGUUAUCGUCUCAAGAGAAGGGCUGUAGACACUUCUGAAGGUGAAUCCGAUUCUGAUAAAAUCCAGUCAAGGCACGGGUUCAAUGGAAAUGGCUCUUUGCAACUAGUGAUAGCAGAAAGAGAAGCCCUAAGUGACACUUCUACUGAUUUGGGUCCUUCUCGAGGACUAGUUUCCCAUGAAAUUGGUAUCGUUGGUGGAUUAGAUGCCCCCAUGCAAGUUCAGCAAAUUAUUAAUGAGAGUAAUGACAUGCCCAUGCUUGAAGAUCCGCAAAAGACUUGGCUCACAGAUGUUAAUAAUCACAGAAAGAUGAUUAUGUCACUGGAUCUGGUAGAUGAGAGUCCAAAAGUUAACAUCAGUUGUACAAGCAACCUUGCUAAUUAUCCUCCACGGGAAGCUCUAACUGCCCCAACAAUAGUGCAUGCAUCAAGACCAAAGGAGAUUGAGAAGAAGAGGAGGGAUCUUCCAAUAGUCAUGAUGGAGCAGGAGAUAAUGGAAGCUAUAAAGGAGAAUAGUAGUCUUAUUAUAUGUGGAGAGACUGGUUGUGGAAAGACCACUCAAGUUCCCCAGUUCCUUUAUGAAGCUGGCUUUGGUUCAAACCAGUGUAGUGUUAGAAGUGGUAUUAUUGGUGUUACCCAACCACGGCGUGUUGCAGUCCUUGCAACUGCCAAGAGAGUGGCAUUUGAGCUUGGUCUUCGUUUGGGUAAGCAGGUUGGCUUUCAAGUUAGGCAUGACAAAAGGGCUGGAGACAGUUGCUCCAUCAAGUUUAUGACUGAUGGAAUUUUGCUUCGAGAAGUACAGAGUGAUUUUUUAUUGAGGCGUUACUCGGUCAUAAUCUUAGAUGAGGCCCAUGAGAGGAGCCUGAACACAGACAUACUUAUUGGAAUGCUUUCUCGUAUUAUAGUAGCGCGCCAGGGAGAAUAUGAAAAGCAGCAAAGAAAGGUACUUUCAGGAGAAAGAAUAUUGCCUGAAACUAUGAUCUAUCCAUUGAAACUUGUGCUGAUGAGUGCCACCUUGCGGGUUGAGGACUUUGUGUCUGGGAGAAAAAUAUUUCAUAAUCCACCACCUGUAAUAGAAGUGCCAACCCGACAAUAUCCGGUGACUAUACACUUUUCACGGAGGACAGAUAUGGUGGAUUAUAUUGGCCAAGCCUACAAAAAGGUUUUGUCAAUUCACAAGAGGCUGCCUCCUGGAGGAAUACUUGUUUUCGUUACUGGUCAGAGGGAAGUAGAAUAUUUGUGCCGGAAGCUGCGUAAUGCUUCUAGGGAGAUAGCUGAAAAUGGUUCUAAAACAAAUAAUGAGGUACCUGAGGUAUCCGAGGGGAACCCGACUGACGAAUAUGUUAUAAAGGAGAUUAAUGAAGCAUUUGAUGUUCCAGAGCAUUCAAGCCACCAGCCAACUGACCGGUUUAGUUCUUACGAUGGAGAUUAUGGUGAUUUGUCUCAGGAUGAGUCAGAAUUGUCUUAUGAUUCCGCAGAAGAUAGUGAUCUGGAUGUUGUUGGCGAUGAUGAGGAUGCAUUGAACCAGAAAACUCCGGACUUGAAUGGUAAUCUUGCAGAUGUCUUGGGAGAGGAUGGAACCCUUGCUUCACUGAAGGCUGCAUUUGAAUCUUUGGCUGGAAAAUGUACUCCACACUCUGAUUCUGAGGGGGAACAAGUUAUUCCUGUUGUUCCAUCAGGAGACUCAAACCAAUCAAGUUCCAGCUUGGGGCAAAGAUUGGGGGAAACAAAUGGUCCCUGUGCUGGUGCAAUGUGCGUUUUGCCCCUUUAUGCAAUGCUUCCUGCGUCAGCACAGCUUCGUGUAUUUGAAGAGGUUAAUGAAAGAGAGCGGCUAGUUGUCAUUGCCACCAAUGUAGCUGAAACCUCUUUAACCAUUCCAGGUAUAAAGUAUGUGGUUGACACUGGAAGAGAAAAAGUCAAGAACUAUAAUUCUUCCAAUGGCGUUGAGUCAUAUGAAGUACAGUGGAUAAGUAAGGCAUCUGCUGCUCAGCGUGCAGGAAGAGCUGGAAGAACAGGACCUGGCCACUGUUAUCGCCUCUAUUCUUCGGCGGUCUUUAACAACAUAUUUCCUGAAUUCUCAAAUGCUGAAAUUUCAAAAGUACCUGUUGAUGGUGUUGUCCUUCUCAUGAAAUCCAUGAAUAUAGAUAAGGUUGCAAAUUUCCCAUUUCCAACCCCUCCUGAGGCCACUGCCUUGGUUGAAGCAGAGUGCUGCUUAAAGGUUCUUGAAGCAAUUGAUAGCAAAGGAAGGCUGACACAACUAGGAAAGGCCAUGGCACAGUAUCCUAUGAGUCCUCGCCAUUCGCGGAUGCUCCUUACAGUCAUUCAAAUCAUGAGAAAAGUAACACGUUAUGCAAGGGCAAAUCAUGUUCUGGGAUACGCACUUGCAGCAGCUGCAGCUUUGAGCUUGUCAAAUCCUUUCAUUAUGCAGUUUGGAGGAAGCCACACUGAUGAAGAUGGCUUGAAGCAGGAUGAGAAAUCGGGCACUGCUGAUAGCUCCAAAAUUUUAGACAAGGAAGAAAAAUUGAGGAAAAAGAAACUGAAAGAGACCGCUAAAAUAUCGCGUGCAAAAUUUUUGAAUCCUAGGUGUGAUGCAUUGACCAUAGCUUAUGCUUUGCAAUGUUUCGAGCUGUCUGAAAGCCCAGCAGAAUUCUGCAAUGAUAAUGCAUUACACCUCAAAACUAUGGAGGAAAUGUCUAAGCUGAGAAAGCAGCUGCUUAGACUAGUGUUUUACCAAAAUGUUGGUGAUUUGCAGCAAUUCUUGUGGACUCAUGGGACCUUGGAGGAUGUAGAAUGUGCUUGGAGGGUUUCCUCUGAUAAGCAUCCUCUGUUUUCAGAAGAGGAGGAGAUCUUGCGCCAAGCUAUUUGUGCUGGCUGGGCUGAUAGGGUUGCCAAACGCAUUAGAGGAGUUUCAGGGUUGUCAGAAGGAGAUAGAAAAGUUAAUGCAGUUCGUUACCAAGCUUGCAUAGUAAGAGAAACAGUGUUCCUUCAUCGUUGGUCAUCUGUUUCUAAAGCUGCUCCUGAAUUUUUGGUGUACAGUGAACUGCUACAUACAAAACGACCAUAUGUUCAUGGAGCAACGAGUGUGGAACCAAAUUGGCUGGUUAAGUAUGCUGAGUCUUUGUGCAGUUUCUCUGCACCCCUUGCAGAUCCGAACCCUUAUUACGAUCAUCUAUCAGAUCAAGUUUUCCAUUGGGUAAUUCCAACUUUUGGCCCUCAUCUAUGGCAGCUCCCGCACCAUAGUUUGCCCAUAAAAGAUGCUGUGCAUCAGAUGACUGUAUUUGCUUAUUCUUUGCUUCACGGUUCUGUUUUGCCAUGCCUGAAAUCUGUCAGGAAGUUUAUGGCAGCUUCACCUGCUAGCAUUUUUAGGCCAGAAGCAUCAGGUCAUAAAAGAGUUGGAAAUCUUCUAAACAAAUUAAAGAACAGGUUGAGAACUAUUGACAGCUGUGCCAAGUUGAGAGAGGCGUGGAAUGAGAAUCCUAGAGAAUUGCAUUCUGAAAUUCUGGACUGGUUCCAAGAAGGAUUUCAUGACCAAUUUGAAGAGCUCUGGGCAGAAAUGCACCGUGAGGUUCUUCUAGAUCCCCAAGAACGCUUCUGCAAAAGGGUCAAGAGAGAGAAAAGGAAGAUAUUACAGUUACGAAACUGAAUUUGGAUCACCUGUAUGGCCAAACGUUGUGCCUGGUGGUGUACAUCUUUGAAUGACUCUUUAACACAUUUUAUAAAAAGAAGCAAGCUCGGUUAAUUAGAGGAUCCAUGGACAAGAGUUUGAUGCCAGCAAGUGAGUUUUCAGAAUGUCGCGUGGCCCAUCUGUUCUAUAGAAGAAUGGCUAGAAAUUGACUGGAUACUGAGAUGGAGGCAAUUCUGAUACGGAGCUAUCCCAACGAAGGAAAGAUAAAUAAUUGAAACAGCUCAAUUUUAUGGAGUCCUAAAGUAUCAAUAAUUCCUAAAGAUGAAUAAUUGAAAAUGUGUUUUAAUGUUAUACAAUAUCAAUGAUUCAUUAUAUCCAAAUGCUCUGAGGUAAAUUGGAAUCUUUUUUAAGUUGGAAGCACUUCCAAACCCUUUCCUCUGAAAGGGAAUAUUUUCAUAAAUUCAUGAUCUGUUCUGAUUUUAUUUUUCAUCUUUGUUUUAAGUCUAUCUUUUCUCGUUUGCAAUUCAGAAAAACUGAAAUUAUCUUUUUGAAUGCACAACAAUGCUGCCAAACAGGGCAUGAAUGUUUUCAUGGGUCUGUAUUAACAACAUCAUGACGGUGCAGGUGCACAAUUCCAUCGAGGUCAGACUAUAUACUUCUUGGAAUGAAAAUUGUGAAUGUAAAUAAUUUUCUUACAUUGUCACUUCUUCGACUACAUGGAUAUGGAG